AUGGUUUUCCUCGGUAUCAGUCAGCAGCUAGAUCACCUGCUGGUUACAGAUGCUAGCCAGUUGCCCGAGGCCCCUCCUAAACCUAAAAAGAAAAAAGACAAAAACAAGUACCCAAAAAAUAGUCACAGUUUCGAUGACGGCUCGGCCAGCGUGAAAACCUCCUCGGACUCUCAAGCGUCGAGCUCAAAGUCUAAGAAAUGGUCAUUCAAAUGGCUAAAGAGCCAGUCUAAAACGUCUUCUGCGUCGCAAUCGUCCGCCUCCGAGCACGCCAAUGAUGCUCGUAGCAGCAAUUCGCGUGAUGUCGAUUCGAUACACAGCUCGGCGCUUAGCGGCUCUUCUCUCGGGAAGGCAAAAUGGAGCCAAAGCUUUGCAUAUGAUAUUCUUGAUAUUCCCGGUAGCGCUUCAAUUCACACAACGUCUACAGACGAGGCGGCCUCGAGCACCACUGGCGCAGCAGGAAGCCCCAGCAUAGUCACGGAAGACAUCACAGGCGGCGAUAAGGCCGACGCGACUUUGUCGGCUCCUGAGUCUAAUCCGCAGUCGGCUCGCUCUAAACCCACUCUUAUGGAGACUAAACUGGCGCGUGCGUCAAAAAACCGCCUCAAAGUCGGCGCCGCUUAUAGACCCAAUGUUGCAGGUGCAGAAUUGGCAGGCGAGCAUGGCGCUGCAAGAGAAAACUACGAAAAUAACCAUCUCGUUGUCGCAGAUGCGUCGCAGACAGUCGGCUUGCCGACGCUCGCUUCGAAUGAGAGGGAAAAAAAGUGGGACGAGGAUUGCAUGACUGGAACAUUUGACAGCUCGUAUCGGUCUGUUAUGCAAGACAUGGAUGAAGGCGUCGCAAACGUAGAUGAUUCUCAUCGGCCAUAUAUGUCCACGUCCGACUGCAUUCCACGCGAAUGGUCCGCAAAUACUGAAACUGAUUCGCCGUUAGAACACAUGCCCAGGCGCAGACCAACUUUACCCCGUUUAUCGUCGCUACAAAGCAUCCAAAGCAGCGACGAUGCCCUUCGCACAACUUCUCCUUACUCCACGACUCCUUCUUCCGCUUCAUACAACCUUCAUGAUCUUUCCGCUUCUCGUUUGUAUGCCGAUCCACUAAGCAUUGGUAGCAACUCCUUGACGUCCGCUGGCGCUUCGUCCCUGGAGCUGCCGCCGCUUCAGCCGAUUGCUGAAUGCCCUCCGGCCUUUCGACUGUCACAAGGCAGACGCAUUUAUCCCGAGCCCAACGCCCAUUACCGUGCUCUCGAGAUGGAAAACGCGAAUCGCUACCUUCCUGCUGACUAUCCCAGAACACCCUCGGGCAUGGACGAUGUCACCAGUCAGGAUUUCAACGCCAACCUCGGUGACAUGAACCGCGCUUGGUCCCAGAUGUCCAUUCGUGACAGACAGCCCUCGCCCAUUCCAUCCGCAACUCCCUACCGUCGCUCCUCAGACCGUGUCCGUCUCGACAAAAACUCGUACGCUGCAGCUCCUGACCGGCCAGAGCCUGCGUCCUCUCUGCGCCAAGCGCCGAAUCCCAUGUACCGCAAGUCAGCAACAAAUGCUGCUCUUGCCUACGACUGGAUUGGCGCCAUUGACCGUUUCUACAUUACUCCAUCUGUUUCCAAACGGACGGCGACUGGUCCGGGCGCCUCCAAAGAUGUCAUGGACGUUUCCCCUGAUGGCUCUUCUGCUGAGUACUCGCAAGUCUUCGUGGGCUGCAAGACUAUGUUCCUUCAACUUACCAAUGGCCAGUGCUUCUGCUCCCAACGAGCAUUGUCUCUCCUUCGCUCAGCUUCCCAGAGAGACGUGCAUAUUCUUGACAUUCCCAGUGACUCCGGUUAUGCUGUAACACACGCUCUUUCAAUGCUUUAUCCACAAUGCGACCUGCAUCUGUGCUCGAAUCGCGAUCUGGAGCUUAAUGACUUGCCAGGACGCAAAAACACUUUCACCUUCUCCAUGUUCCGACCCAGCAUGCCGCUCCCUUACGAAAACAACUAUUUCGAUUGUUGCACCAUGCGAUUCCUUCCCGCUUGCGUUCCCAUAGACUAUUGGCCCAGCUUCCUGCGCAAUUUGUACCGGGUUGUCAAGCCCGGUGGUGCUAUUGAGAUGCUUGUCUUCGACUUCACCUAUACGAACGCUGGUCAGCUUACCCAGCAGUAUAUGUCGCAUGUUGCUGCUAACUGUCGCAAAGCAGGCUACUUCGCCGAACCCUCGCGCAAGCUUUCAAAAUUGAUUGAGGAUGCUGGUUUCCAUCACUUAAACCUUGCUCAAAUCGUGUUCCCUCUGCAUCAGGUCGGUCGCGCCACGAACGCGUUCCGGCGUUUCGUUGAGGAUACGGUAAAUGUUUAUGAAAAGGCGUUCGUUACUGAGCCCGAGUACGCUUCGGAAGACAUGCAAAAACAGCUCCAUCAAGAAUUCAUGCGCUACCGCUCUGGCGUACUCUACACCCUCAUCACUUUUGAUAAACCAAUCGUGCUUUAG